ACAUCUGAAGCAUCAGCAUUAAUUCCAAAUAUUACAAUCCCUUAUAUUCAAAACCAUGAACCUGUCUUCAUUAUUAAUUUUUAUUUAAAAUAUAUGAUUGUUACACUAUAGGCACAAGGAAAUGAGCCACAUAACAAUAAAAAAAUUACAAUAUAUGAAGAAAGUAGGAGAAGGAUGGAUGAGGGACGUCAUCCAGAAAGCAAGCAAACAUAUUUGUCAGUAUCAUUUAAAAUUCAUUACUUCAUAGAACUUUCAGAAGAGAGAAAAAGAGAACUAAGGCAUCAUGUUCACCACGGACUGCAAUUCUUGGUCAUAUCUAUUAACGUUUCGAGUCACCGAUCCAAACUAUUUUUCAGACUACAGCCAUGGAGUCGUGAUGUACUAACUGGUGCUAACCUAACACAAACAUCCUCCAUCUCACAAUGCCAGAUAAUUAGCUGUCCACCUCUCCAAUUUUUCCAUGCAGUCCCAGGACUAGUGAACACAGACCAGUAUGGAGGCCUUCAGGAAGACAUUCGUAACAUGUCCAAGCCACCGAAGCCGGUGUUUCCAGACGACAACACUCAAUCAAUGCUGACCUCUACCGUGACAAAGACACACUACCAAACCUCAAAAUUACGCACACGAUGAUGCCAUAGAACGCAAGCAGUUCUACGGAGAAAACGAUUGGCGAAUAUGCAGUCACAGCAAAUCAGCAACUAGGAGAGGCCAGGUUUCACAGUCAUGGAUGAAGACUGCACGGACCGAAACAUUAUAAACCCGACCUUUGACAGCCAGGCUAACUUUGCGACGGCUCCAGAGGUGGUCCAAAUCGAUG